CCCAAUAUUGGUUAUGUUUACGAAUACAAACUUAUUUAUCGCCGCAACAGAAAUAUUACGGAUGAUUGUUUCCACUUGCUUCGGAAACUAUGAUGAUCCAAACACAAAAUAGAACUGAUAGAUCCGUAGAUACUCCAUAGUACGAGCCAGAUAUGAGGAUCAUAUCAACACAAAUGCAAUACUUAGCACAAGUGCAGUAAAUAAUACCAAUAUAAAUGAGAACAUAGUUAUUGCAGUUAUUUGCAUGAAUAUUUACAAUAUGUACCAGUUGCGGAACACUCGGCUGUAACCACAUUUCACUUGUGUAAUUUAUUGUUCAUGUUUAUCAUCACUGAACAUGUAGCAUCAACUAAAGAGUAAAAUACUGUGCAUAACAUUGUGAGAAAGUCCGUAAAUUUGUGAGCUCUCAGAAGGAUGAGGUUUAACCUUCUGUCAUUAAUCUUGUAAGACCUUCCUUCCGUAUUGUCAAAUAUCUAUCAUGAUCAGAGCCAGCCGUCCACAGCAUUUUGCCUGUGAACAGCAAGCUGAAUUUAUCCAGGAGAGGAUAGCCACAGUUGAGAAGCAUUUUGCAGAACUGUGUACCAUAUUUGCAGCUUACACACGGAAGAGUGCAGGGUUAAGAGAUACGUCUGAUGAAAUAGUAAAGGUAAUACAAGAUUAUGCAGAAGCUGAAAAUGUGAACAGAUCCUUAAGAAAUGGUCUACUUCAGUUUUCCUCUACAUUACUGGCUAUAGGAGACUACAGGGAUGCCCAAGUUCAACGUAUAGAUUCCAAAAUAGUAUCGGAGCUCUCACAGUAUGAAGACAUUUGCAGACAUGCUAAAAAAGAAGUCAAGAAUGCGUUCGUUGCCUGCAAUCAUGUAUUGGCUCGAAGGAAACAUCUUGAUCGAGUCAGGGAGAGAAAUCCUCGAAACAGGCAGCAAAUAUCUCUUGCUGAGGCAGAGUUACUGAAAGCAAGUGCCGAUGUCUCUCGAACUGCAAAAGCCCUUGAAGAGCAGGUUGAUGUGUUUGAGAAGAAAAAGCUUCAAGACGUAAAGUCGUUGCUUCUAGGUUUCGUCACUAUUGAGUUAGGUUUUCACUCAAAAGCAAUCGAGCUCUUCACUAAGGCUUAUCAGGAUAUAGCAGAUAUAAAUGAAGAUGAGGACUUAGAGGAGUUCCGGAGUACUCUACAAAUUCCUCAUUCAGUGUCUCGGCUUGACACUGUCAAGCGAACCUCAUUUCGAAGCAGCUCCUUCUCUCUUGCCAGUUUAUUUGCAACACCGCAUGGCUUUAGAAAACCGAAUGAAGGAAUUCCUCACCUAGCUUCUAGAACUCCUACUACUAGUGAUACACUGGAAUCACAGAAAACUGUUGUAGAGGAUUCUGUGGACUCUGUGCACACAGAAGAUUAUGCAGAAGAUAGAUCUUCAUCAUUUGCUUCUGAAGUUGAAGAACAGAAACAUGUAAGAAUCCAGUUCAAGUGAAUUAUUAAUUGUACUUAUUUGUUAUUUAUAUAUCAUUACAAUUAUUGCUGUAAUGGCUUUAAAAUUAAGUCCACUGCUAUUUCUUUGUAAAGUGCCUUAUUUCAUGUUUUGCCCAGAGUUUCAUUGUCAUAUUUACAUGAUAUUUUUUCUUAUACGUUGUCUUAGAGCAAAAGAGGAAAAGCAGAGUACUAUGGACUUAAUAUGGAAGUGACUCAUCACUUUGCCAGUAUCUGAGUUGUGAACAAAGUUAUCAUUACUCUCAUAAUUCUAUGACGUUUCCACUGUGUGUGUAUGUUUGACCCAACAAUUAAAUCUCUUCUGACUAUA